AUGGCAGACUUUCAACCUGAUUCCAUAAAUCAAAUGGAUCAACCUCAAGAUCUUGAACGAUACGUUGAUGAAGAAAGUGAGGAUUCCGGUACCACAGACGAAGAAGAAAUUGAAAACCAUACAUCUGUUACAAUUGGAGAACGAAUCAUUAAUAACACAUCUAAUAUACCAAAAAUUGCAUGGCAUCCACAGAAUGAUAUCAGUUUGAAUAGUGACAAAACUUUUUUUUCAUCUCCCUUUUCUAAACCUCUUUUACUUUCCAAUAAUUUUUCAGAAGCUAGAGAUGCAGAUGCCGCAGAAAGAAAUUUUCUCUCCUGGUUAAAAGUAGCAACUUAUCUUUCUAUUGCAGGUACGGCUGUUAUAAUUAAUAUCAGGUUUCAUGAUCGAAAAAAUGAAGGCAAUACUUCACUGAAUAAAAGUGGAAAUGCCUUUCUGAUUGGUGUCAUGCAAAGUUUAUCAUCAAGUUCGAUAACAAGUCAACAAAAUCUUUUAGAGUCAGUGGUUGAAGAAAAUGACUAUAAUGGACAUUUAUUUUCAUUACCAUUAGGUUUUGUGUUUUACUCCCUAUCAUUUUUGUCAAUAUUAGUUUCAAUUGUAAAUUAUAUUUCUACGAUUAAUGGAUAUUUUAAGCAAAGAGUUGUUGUGACAAAUUCUUUUUUGACAACACUAACAAUCGCAAGCAUUUCUUUGGUAAUAUUAACCAGUAAUGUGAUUGUUCUUUGGAAGUUUUACUGA